AUGUCGGUCAACUGGGUGAUGCUCAACGAUGAGGGCUUUGUCCGCCUGCCCAGCGAACGCCUUAUCUACUUCUCGCCUCCCCGCACCACUCUUGCGCUGACGCCGCUCCCUAACUACAAGGGCCCCGAGACCCUCUCGCUCCAGAGCAGCGCCGGCUGUAUUCAUCUCACCAACCAACGAGUCGUUUAUCUCCCCGCCGACAAGUCCAGCAACUUCCAGUCCUUCUCCGCUCCCCUCCUUCACGUCCACGAUUCCCACGUUUCUGCACCGUUCUUCGGUCCCAAUGUGUGGACCGCUCUCGUCCAGCCGGUACCUGGCGGUGGCAUCUCGGCCAACUUACCCGCAGUGCAGAUGAAAAUCACCUUCAAAGAAGGAGGUGCAUUUGACUUCCACACCAAUUUCGAGCGGAUCAGGGAACGAUUAGAACAGGCGGUGGAGAAUUCAAGCGAAGGGGCGAGAAGCCUUCGAGGUGUGGACAUGUCUGCCGUUCACCUGGAAGAGCUGCCGGCCUACGAAGCCAACGGGAACACCAGCCACACUACCGUUGCGAGCGAUGCGCCCGUAGCACCCCAACAGACACGGAGGGUAUCUGAGGUCGGACCUGAGCCAGCUGAGCCACCGCCAUGCUAUGAAGAGGCUCAGAGCCAAAGUGUGGCCAAUGAAUUGGAGGAGCGGCUGCGACGAGCCAGCUGA